UUCGCACCCCCUUCCUUGUGAUUCGGGGUCGCCUAGGUGAUCGUGUUGAGAGAUGCUAGAACUUUCCCUCUUUCUGUUAAGACACGGCAAAAGAGAAAAAAAAAACCAAAAAACGCGGUCUCGACAAGUGGCAGAAAACCAAGAAGCAAAGAACUGACGAGAAAACAGGCUCAGGAUUUGUCCUCCAUCUGUCGUGUACCAUGUACUCCCCCUAUCUGAAGUCCAGUUGUUCACAAUGCCUGGCAGCCAUUUCCUGCGAAUGCCUCGUCCUCCUGCAGCACAGCCUGGAGUACAUGAAUAGUUGGCAUGGAGACUAGAAAGAAGUUCUCGUCCGCAUGGUUGCAUAACGUUGUCGUUGAGUCGGAGCUUGUGCAAUCUCCUUUGGAAAAAUGUAAGGGCUGAAGAUGGAUAGCUGUCUGUUUAAGGUAACCUCAGAGUAGUGCUAAGUAUGGAGUUCUGCAGAGUCGAGAUAGAAGGUAUGAAGUUAAUGCCCUCGCUUUGCUGUAUUUGAGUACACCUUGGCUUCACUUUUAUGCGGCCACACGUGGAGGAUGAAGACAUGCCCAAAUUUUCCCAAAAAGUGAGACUGAGAAGUCAUCUUUGUGACCCCAUCCUCGCUGUUUUCGUGGCACCAUACUGUGCUGAGUGCUCAGUUGCAUGUGAAAUGAAUUGAAACUAUCAGUGGCACGAGUGGUAGGGCUGCAUUCUAGGUUCUCAGUGCCAUUGUUGGAACCCCACCCUUCGGAGGCCACCCUUCUGUUUUCGCGCAAACCCUGACUUAUUCAGGUCCCGGGGCUUCGGCCUAUCGCUGUAGGACCCCAGCGCGCGGGGCAGUGCCCACUCCUGACUGCUACACGGUGUAAGACUGUCUCUUGGGUUGAGGAGCAGUGAUUGGUGGGUCCCGCUGGAGUGCUUCCCGGGAUACGGGGAGCACGUACGGGGAUGCAGGCUCCGGGGCGGCCACAAGCACCGCCCGGAAGCCUGAAUGAGGCCUCCUGGCACGGGACUCCCAGCCGGCAGCGUGGCCGCUAUACAGGGUGCUGGGCCCGGAGCCGGGGCGCCGUGCGUGCGCGUGCGUGCGUGCGUGGGCGCGCGUGCGCGGCGCCGCAGUCUGUAGGUUGGCUGGCUAUUUUGCAAGCGGGAGGGGUCGCGCGCGUUCCUGCCUCCGGCCUCUGUCCCCCCACCCCCCCCUUCCCCGGUCCCGGCCUCGGUCUCUCCUUCGGAAAGAUGUCGGACACGGCCGUAGCUGACACUCGACGCCUCAACUCGAAGCCGCAGGACCUGACUGACGCUUACGGGCCGCCAAGUAACUUCCUGGAGAUCGACAUCUUUAAUCCACAGACGGUGGGCGUGGGCCGCGCGCGCUUCACCACCUAUGAGGUUCGCAUGCGGACAAACCUGCCUAUCUUCAAGCUGAAGGAGUCCUGCGUACGGCGGCGCUACAGUGACUUUGAGUGGCUCAAAAAUGAGCUGGAGCGAGAUAGUAAGAUUGUAGUACCACCACUGCCUGGGAAGGCCUUAAAGCGGCAGCUCCCUUUUCGAGGAGACGAAGGCAUCUUUGAGGAGUCGUUCAUCGAAGAAAGGAGGCAGGGCCUUGAACAGUUUAUUAACAAAAUCGCUGGGCACCCACUCGCUCAGAACGAACGCUGCCUACACAUGUUCCUGCAGGAGGAGGCCAUUGACAGGAGCUACGUCCCCGGGAAGGUGACCAAGGCGGUGUCCAAAAGAAGACAGGAAGCUGCAGUAACACGCAAAGCAUAUUUACCUUUAGGGAAUGUUCUCGUUGACCCUAGAUUCCAGACUUCAGUCCUUUUGGUCACCUUACAUUUCAUGAGGACUUACUUACGCCAGGAGAUACUGAAGUGGGAAGAAGUUCACUAUGAUUGAAGACACCACAGAACU